AUUCACAGCAGCACUCGUGCAUGCUGCAUGCAUUACGCACAAAAGUGCAACAUAAACGGCGGAAAACAUUCAAAAUUCGCAAAAUUCAGGCAAGAUGAUGGACCGCUGGUUUGAGGAACCUCGCGAGGCCAACUUGACGGUGUUUUUCGAGGACAUCCGGAACGGACUGUUGGCCAUGGACGCCUGGAAGAAGCGCAUUGCCUCGAUGGAGAAGGAGCUGCAAGACCUGCAGAAAGCCAAGGAGGAGGCGGAGAAAACCACUGCGGAGGCUCUGGAAACUGAACGGGCGCAACGGGACACGGUCCUCAAGUUGACCGGAGACUUCGAAAAGCUGCAAAUGUCUCUCCAAACCACAAUUAAUAUCAAAGCCAUGAAUGUCAAGUUGAAUGAAAAAGUCAGAGAGAGUGAAAAGCUGAUCAAGGAUUUAAAAAAGAAGCUGGAAAAUGAGCGAGAGGAGAACAAAAGGGUGAUGCAGAAGACUUGCACCGAAAUCGCCAACCAGGCGAACAAGCAGCUUUUGGCAUCAGAGGCACAGGCUGAGCACCUCAAAGAGCAACUGAGCCACACGCAGGAGCAACUGAGGAAGACCACAUCCGAGUACCAGACCAAACUGCGCAAUGCGGAUCUGGCUAGAAAGGAGGAUUUGCGCCAGAUGGUUUAUGAUCACCAAGAAAAGAUCAACGAUCUGCAGGCCGAGCUCAACUCGACCAGAGACCACUGCCGAGAGCUGCAGGAGAAGCUCAGAACUGAUGCUUUGAACUUCCAAAAGAAAAUCAAAGAGGCGGAGAAGUCUGCCAACACCAAUCCAUUCACGAGAGCCCCUGUCGCUCGAAGGGCGAAACCGAUGGGUCGGCCCCAGCUAGACUUCGUCAACGGCACGCCACCUGAGGCAGAACAAGCUCCUCCGCCUGAGCAGAGGGCACCGGUGAAAAAGAGGAAGCUGUUUGUCCCUUCCGACCUUGACGACGAUUUCUUGUAA